CUUGAGCCCAUUCCACCAAUAAAACAAUGCUUGCUCCGUACUAACAUAUCCCGCAGCCACAUAAGAUCCCGAGUACUGUAACUACAACUGUCAACAGAGCACUCUGAUCAUGACCAUGGCAUUUUACGGCCACAAGCAAGCUUCGCGGUUGUGCGUUCGGUUCAUAUUAACACAUCUCUUUGCUCGUCCAGAGUACCUCCCCCUCCACACUCUGACCCAUUUUACGGCCACGAACAGGCUUCGCAUUUCUAAGGAAUAACUUAAAAAUGGAUUCAUCAAUGUUCACAACAGAACAUCUGGUCUUGCGCGGAUUUGAAGAGAACGAUCUAGAUGAUCUUCUCGCGUUCCGCAACGAUGCUCGUGUUAUGCGAGGGAUAACUGUCGGACCCAUCACUCCGCGAUCAACGAGUUCCUCAAAACUCUCGCAGAGAACUCGACCAUCUGGAAUCUGGAUUACCGUCGUCCAUAGGGAAACGGGGGAAUUCAUGGGGGAAUGCGGCAUUAAAGUGAGAGCAUGGGUGUUUUGGACGAAGAGUGGGCUGAUGUAUUGUAAGAAUUGAAUCAAUAAUUCCCAUACCACACCCCACUAUAGGCCAUAAUCAAGAAAAAUGAAGAUCCGAG